AAUCUCCCAGUUGAACAAACAUGGGUGAUUGGAGCUUCCUAGGAGAAUUCCUUGAAGAAGUCCAUAAACAUUCAACAGUAGUGGGAAAAGUCUGGCUGACUGUCCUUUUUAUCUUCCGGAUGCUUGUCCUGGGCACAGCUGCAGAAUCUUCCUGGGGAGAUGAACAGUCAGAUUUCAAAUGCGACACCCAGCAACCCGGUUGUGAGAAUGUUUGCUAUGACAAAGCUUUCCCAAUCUCCCACAUCAGGUAUUGGGUCCUUCAGAUUAUCUUUGUUUCCACACCAUCCCUGUUAUACAUGGGUCACGCAAUGCAUACUGUCCGUAUGCAGGAGAAGAGGAAACUUAAGGAGGCCAAGGAAGGAGCAAGGACAAUCCAGAACAAGUGUGACUCUUUUUCCCAGCAGGAUUACCCAGCACCAGAGAAGACAGAGUUGUCCUGCUGGGAUGAACCCAGUGGGAGAAUAAUUCUUCAGGGCACUUUGCUAAACACCUAUGUCUGCAGUAUUUUAAUCCGUACCACCAUGGAGAUUGCUUUCAUUGUUGGGCAAUAUAUGCUCUAUGGAAUCUUUCUGGAGACUCUCUACGUCUGUCACCGGCAGCCCUGUCCUAAUCCGGUCAACUGUUAUGUCUCUCGGCCAACAGAAAAGAACAUCUUUAUUAUUUUCAUGCUUGUGGUAGCAGCCUUCUCCCUCUUCUUAAGCCUGGCUGAACUGUAUCACUUAGGAUGGAAGAAAGCUAAACACACACUCUCUCAGAAAAUCAGCCCUGCACCACUAAUUGGCAAACUGGAGGGAGACUCUCAAGUGAAGACAGAUGAAAGCUGCACCCCUCCUCCAGAUUUUAAUCAGUGUUUAGCCAACCCUACUGGGAAAUAUAUCAGCCCCUUCAGUAACAAAAUGGCUUCUGAGCAAAACACGGUCAAUUUUGCAACAGAGAGGGUUCACAAUCCAGAUGAUUCAGGUGGAGAAGCCCUCUGUAUCCAACUAAACUACAUGCAACACCCAGAAGCCAGUGUAAAUUCUGCAUCAAAUCUGACACCAAAUGGAUACUUUCAGAACAAACGCAGACACAGCAAAACUAGCCACACAAGCAGUAAGGCAAGGUCUGACGACUUGUCAGUGUGAGUGCUUCUGGUGGACCUAGAAGAAGGGAAGAAGCUGUUACGGCAAAUGCCUGCAGCUAAAUUUUUGAA